AUGGUCCGGGAAAGAAGGACAGAUACCGUAGCUGCUGUGAACGGGGCCCACACUGACACUGGGGCUGAAGACCCGGGAGCAGCCAUAUGUCCUCCACCUCCAGAACCAGAAAAUGGUGGAUUCAUAUGUCAUCCCCCACACUGUGAAAAGCCCUUCACUUCUGGUAGUGUUAUAGAGUACUUCUGUGCAGAGGGAUAUAUGUUAAAAGGAGACUAUAAAUUCCUAACCUGCAAAAAUGGAGCUUGGAAUCCACCUAUGGGUGUAAGCUGCAGACUUAGCCAAGAAACCAACAGAAAUACCAGUCUUGGGGUCCCAACACUUUCAAUUGUUGCCUCAACUGCGAGCUCAGUGGCCUUGAUAUUGCUCCUUAUUGUCUUGUUUGUGCUUCUACAGCCCAAGAUCAAGUCCUUUCACCAUAGCAGACGAGACGCUUGUGUGCCAGGAGAACAAGUGUCUAUCAUGGUUGAUGGUGUGCAAGUUGCUCUUCCUUCUUAUGAAGAAGCAGUGUAUGGCAGUGCAGGAAACUGUAUCCAUUCUGCUAGCUCUCGUGUCCAGAUAGUAUUAUCUGAAGGACCAGGGGAGGAUCGAAACAUCCAGCAGGGAGUGUCUCAUUCCAACACCAGGGAACAAUGUAUGGAAUCUAAUCAUGCCUCAGGCCAAACUAACACAAAUAUGUCACAAUGUCCAGCAGGGAGCACACAUCGCUCGGAGACUGUGCUGGUCCACCAGACUUCUUCACAGUGGGCAGCUGCUGCAGAGAGCAGGACUUUAGGACGGGAAGGAGCAGAAUCAGAAAAUAGUGAUGUGCAGAGUCUCCUGUCCCUGUCCUCUGAAGAUUACACAGAUGAUAUCCCUCUAUUAAAAGAAGCUUGAAUACCUCUAACAUGAAGGAUCCAAACAAUCUUCCUGCUCUGCACUUCCUGUAUUCACAGGAACUCUGGAGCUGACAAUUCGUGCCUCCUCUAUCGCCUACCCCCAAGUCCCCAAACCUAGCCAUCUCACUGAGCAGACAUUUUGUUCCUAGCUGCAUAACACUGGGAGCAGAUUGUCCUAGCCUUGCUUGCAGAGGUGUACAAUUAUAUUUUGUGUGUGUGUGUGUGUGUGUGUGUGUGUUAUAUUAUUGACUAUAUACAGAUAUAAAGAAUACCUGUGUGAUGGGAGCUGGAUCUUACAUUACCUGGCGCUUAUCCCUACAAAUUUUGAUAAUGCUUCAUGGCCUUCCCAAAGGUUUGACCUAUAGACAUACAUAAUGCUUACCCUGUCAGACUAGGAGUUUAAUUUGAGGCUUUUACUAUAUCUGUUUUUGUGCUAUGCUGCAUCCACCUCUGUCAAGAUUCUUUGUUUGAUUAUAGAUUAGGGACUCCUUUUAGGGUUGAUCCUUUCUACCAUUAAAUGGGCACUCUCAUUAAAACAAAUUUUUGCUAUUGCACUCCUUAUGGUAAAUGAAAAAUAUUUCUAAUAUACUUUGU